AUGGUCAACAUGACCUGUCCCACCAUCCCGGACAAGCCCACCGACCCCAAAUCCUUCUUUCAGAACGGCGAGAUCGACUUCAAGGCGCACGAUGUUGGCUGGAUCGUUUGCGGCUUCAUGACCCUCGUCGCCACCAUCUCGUCGAUCUGGCUCAUAUGGAAGCAUCUCACCUACUACACAUGCCCUCAACAACAACGGCACAUCGUCCGUCUUCUCGUCAUGGUGCCCGUCUACUCCAUCGUCUCGUUCCUCUCCUACCUCUUCUACAAAGAAGCCCUCUACUACCAGACCAUUCGCGACUGCUACGAAGCUGUCCUCGUCACCUCCUUCUUCUAUCUCAUCCUCGCCUACACUGGCGACACUCGCGCAGAGCAGCACGCCGUGUUCCGCAACAUCGAGCUCGAGGACCGAUUUUGGGUCUGGCCGCUGGGCUCGUGGAAGUACAAGCCCGAAGGUCUCCAUUUCCUUUGGCUCAUGAAGAUCUGCGUCUUGCAGUACGCCAUCAUCCGACCCCUCUGCACCUUUAUCGCCGUUGGCACCGAGUACUUUGGCUACUACUGUCUCCACAGCUGGAUGCCCUGGUUUACGCACGUCUGGUGUGCUUUCUUCAUCAGUGUCUCGGUCACCGUCGCCAUGUACUGCCUCAUCCAGCUCUACAUGCCCAUCCGCAAGCUCGUCGAUCCGUACAAGCCCAUCCUCAAGUUCCUCGCCGUCAAAACCAUCGUUUUUCUUACCUUUUGGCAGGACACGAUGCUCUCCUUCCUCGUGAGCUUCAACGUCAUCAAGGAGACCGAGUAUUUCACGGCUGAGCAGAUCCAGGCCGGCAUCAAUGCCCUGCUCAGCUGCUUCGAGAUGCUUAUCAUCGGCUUUGUUCACAUCAAGGCGUUCAGCUAUCUGCCCUAUCAACCCGAGGAUCCUUCGCGUACGACGAGGCGCGGGCGGGCACUGCUCGAUUCGCUCGAUUACCGCGACUGGUUCUUUGAGAUGAAGGAGAGCUCUCGGUACAUGGCUGCCCGCUCCAAGGGCAGAGAGUACACGCUCGCAGAGGGCCUGCGCGCCAAGCGACAUCAGCAUCUGCUCAAGGCCCUCGGCAAGGAGCGGACCGCCAACCUCGAAACCGAGAUCGACAUGGAGAAAGCCGCCUUGCCGACGUUUUGGAAGAACAAGGAUCAUGCUCGGGGAGGAGGUCAGUCGCGCACCAACACCGACUCAGCGCUGGGAAGCAGCAAACUCGCCUUCUCCCACUCUGUCGACACGUACACAUCGCUACCUCGUCCAUCUGGCAGAUCGGACAUUCGAUCGGUGAGCAACUUGCAGAUGAAUGCGUCGGGAGACUCGCACGCAGAGAGGACCGCCGAGCUGCAAAGGCUUGUUGCAGAGCUUGAUCUGCAGGUGGUCGACCAGUCGAUCGUUGGCGCUGAGGAUCACGAUUAUGGCUACGACGACAGCAGGUAUGAGCGCGCCGGACUGAUGCACCAGCACAAGGACCUCAGAAGCACCAAGAAUCUCGAGUCACCCUCCAAGGACGACUACCCAGAGAGCAUCCAAUACCACACUGCGACGAUUCAGCUCGCCAACGUGCCCUCCCUCACGUACGACCACGAGACACCAACGAUUGCGAAGAGGGAACACGAGUACAGCGUCGUUGCUGUGGAUGAGGAGGUAGCACAUGCACGACAGCCAUCGACGACGGUACCUGGCGUCGGUGCUGGUGGCAUCGCGUCCUGGCUGGGGUGGAGCAAUGCCGUCAGCGGAGACGGGCACCCUCAGCAGCAAUCAGCAACGGUCAAAUCAACUAUCGGCGCUGGCGACUACCUAAGCCCAGGCAACGCUUACGGCGCCGAUGCUGUCCCUCGCUCUCUCGAUGUCGAUGACGCAGGGACCGGGUGGUGGCGCAACUACUGGGACCGCAUGUCCUAUCUCGGUAGCCGUGAGCCUUCUGCGCUUGGUCAUGGUGACGACGACGAGAAGGAGCCAUUCGACGCAGCGCCUCCUGCUGUGAUGCGAGAGGUCAGGGCGGGAUCAUGGGGCACCCAGACACCUCCUCGUGAGCAGCCCGCAGCUCCUAGCGACCCCUCUCGCUCGCAAACAGCGCUCCCGGUACUCAAGCUGCAGACGGACGCUCCACGCAUCGCUCACAGCGGAGGCGGAAGCGUCGACAGCACCAACUCGUUCAGCCCGCACGACAAGUCACCGUUGACACGCUUCAUCCAGACAUCGCGCGACUCGUUCAGCUCGCUCACCCGCGACGAGGUUCGUGAGUCGCUGCUCGCUUCGUCGACGUCUCAACCGCUGCCGACAUCUUCGGUCCUCGUUCCUAGGAGAGAGGGCUCGCAGCCGGUGGGUGAUGGAACAGCACCGCUCUCAGUGCGAAAGGACAGAGGUGUCUCCGGGAGCAAUCCGGCAAGACGUUCCGUAGAAGCGCCCAUUCGACCGCCACGCACACCACGCACCUCGUCGCUUGCUGCAUCUGCGAGACGGGCUAGCACUGGAAACACCGCUUCGAGUCGUCCUGUUACGAUAGAAGCGCCGCCUCCGCUGCCUUCAUCGUCGGCCCAGAUUCUGUCCAACAUUGCCUCGACCGCGAAGCAUCCGAUCGUGUUUGCAGAUGCGCUUGUCGCGCAGCCGGUGGCCGAGCCGAACGACCUCAGCGCAGUCGAAGCGGCGCCAGCAAAGGUCCUGCCGCCGGCAGUCGGUCCAAAGGGUAAGAUGUUCAACCUCGUGCUGCCAUCACCACUGUCACCUGCCCGCUUCCCUUACGGCAAGGAAGGAGACGUACCUCAGCCCAUUCCGGCCGCUUCCUCGGCUCCUACCAAGUCGGUUGACUCCGCAAACGCGCGCAACAGCGCCCCGUCGAACGAUGCUCGACCUCAGCAUCGAGGUCAGCCCAGUCAGAGCGCUGAUGCGGGCGACGGCUCGCUGCGAUGGGCCAACCAGAGCAAGCCCACCAAGCAUCCGGCCGAGGCUUCUUCCGGCAGCACGACAGCCAAGGUCCCGAGCGGCAAGAACAUUAUUACUGUCGGAGGCAUGUCCCUGGUGCAAGCCAAAGCAGCUCAGGCAGCACAGGAGAAGGCGGAGGCUGAAACUCAGGCGCAAGCUCGAAGCAAUGACACACAGCAGCAGCGCGAGCAGCAGCAGCGAUUGGACGGACCAGCGCCAAAAUCGAUCCUGAGAGAAGGAAAGCUGGACAUCCCCGCACCUUCCAAGCUUGCCUCGGUCGCUAUGCCUGGUGAUGGGCCGUACGUCGCUGCUGGGCGGCACACCGUCGACCAGCCCACAGUACGCAGUCCGCCAAUGCCAGAGCGACGUCGUGUAAUCGGCCCACCAGCAAGCGCGAUCACCACCCAAACUCGGUCGACAAUGUCGACGUCGUUCGAGGUGGGCAACAUCGUGCCUCGCGAGGCUGUCGUGCGCGCGUCGUUGCCGGCGAAUGUGCCGUUGAGCGACUACUACGGGUCGGUCCGCCGCGGGUUCGCUCCGCCUCCGCCUCAGAUGGGUGCUGGAUCAGUUCGCGGCGUACCUGUGCAGAGACACUCGUUUGCGCCAAUGACGAGCGGGCCAAGACCUGCGAUGCUGCCUCCUCACCCGAGUCAAGGAUACGUGCCGAUGCCGCAGCGGGGCAGUCAGACGUACGACGUGCCGCCACAAGGGAGACGUUCGCAGCAGCAGCAAUAUCGACCUCCACCACCACCGCAGUUCAGCGCACAGUUGGAGCAGCAGCGAGCUCAAGCCCACAGCCAGCCUCAGUACGCACAACCACCUCCAAGAGGAUACCCUGCACCGGCGCCAUCUGGAUACCCACACCCGCAGCCACCUCACUCGCAGUACCCACGCGACACGCGAGCUGCACCAUACCCACAACAGCAAUACCCACAGCAGCAAUACCCGCAACGGCCGCAGCACCUUCAAGGACCGCAACCAGGCCAACGACCAUCUCAGUUCCAGUUCGAGUACUAUCGAGACUGA